ACCGCUCGCCGGCCUUGGUUACGUCUCUAUCAGCAUGCACCUUUUUCAGUGCACUUUCACUUCAAUGAAUUCAAUUACUUUGUCUUUGUGUGCAUUUGCAGUCUUUUUCAGUUUUUCCACCGAAAAGUAAUUCAUUAUCCAUUAUUAGUAGAAGGAGAAGCUCUAUUAUAUAUAUCUAGUGGAUCUUCCAUUCAUUCUUUCAUUUCUGCAUCAACAUGACCACGACAAGGCCAAAGAUUUUUCUUUUCGGUGAUUCAAUCACUGAAGAUUCAUUCUCUGUUGGAGGAUGGGGUGCUUCUCUUGCCAACCAUUUCUCUCGCACGGUUGAUGUAGUGCUAAGAGGAUAUAGUGGUUACAACACAAGGUGGGCGUUGAAGGUUUUGGAAAGGGUUUUCCCUGUGUCAAAGUGUGAUGGAACAGAAACUGAUCCUGUUGCUUUGACUGUUUUCUUUGGGGCAAAUGAUGCUUGUCUGCCUAAUAGAUGUUCUGGUUUUCAGCAUGUUCCUCUACAUGAAUACAAGGAGAAUCUUUGCUCCAUUGUCUCCUUCUUCAAGAAGCGGUGGCCAACUACUCAUAUUGUCCUCGUAACUCCUCCUCCCAUUGAUGAGGAAGCACGGCUUAGAUAUCCGUAUGUGGACAAUCCAGAGGGUCUUCCUGAAAGAACAAAUGAAGCUGCUGGUGAGUAUGCUAGAGCAUGCAUUGCUGUGGCCAAUGAAUGUCGUGUUCCUGUGAUUGAUCUCUGGACCAAAAUGCAACAGUCACCUGACUGGAAGAAAAAUUAUUUAAGUGACGGUUUGCAUCUCACUAAUGGAGGGAAUCAACUUGUGUUCGAAGAAGUAAUCAGAAAACUGAGAGAUGAAGGUUUGACUCUAGAAUCUAUGGCAGUUGAUCUCCCCCUUAUAGGUGAUAUUGAUCCUAAUGACCCACUGAAGGCAUUUCUGUAUAGUAACAUGAUGAUGUAGUACAAAAGGGCUAUCUCUUUUGGGAAAUUAUAGUACUGUUGUCAUUACUAUUGAAUGAUAUGUAAAUAGAGUACAUUACCUUGGUAUUGGUCUUCCUUUUGUUUUAAGGAUUCUCUAAGUGGUAUAUGCUUUUUCCCUCUUAAAGUAUUAGAUAUUUCAUUUUGUUUUGUUUGUAUUGAUUGUGAGUUAGUCUGUGUAAUAGUUUUUCUUUCAGUCAAAGAAUAUUUGUUGUGCUUCAGUGUCAAUGAACCAGAUUGGAACAGUUUGUAUAAUGCUAUAUACAAUUUAGCCUCUCAGAAUUCAGUUAAA